CUGGAAGGAAUGGAGUACAAUUACGAUGUUGAUUUGGAAGAGUUGUGCCCCGUUUGUGGAGAUAAGGUAUCUGGGUACCACUAUGGACUACUGACCUGCGAGAGUUGCAAGGGUUUUUUCAAGAGGACGGUGCAGAAUAAUAAACGGUACACUUGUGCAGAAAGCCAGGACUGUAAAAUAGACAAAACACAGAGGAAAAGGUGUCCAUUUUGUCGAUUUCAGAAAUGCCUCAGCGUUGGAAUGCGAUUAGAAGCUGUCCGCGCGGACCGGAUGCGCGGGGGUCGAAACAAAUUUGGCCCCAUGUACAAACGAGACAGGGCUUUAAAGCAACAGAAGAAAGCUUUGAUACGAGCCAGCGGCCUGAAGAUGGAGACCACCCCGCCGUUAGUUUCCCCCACGCAGACGGACUAUAGCUUCACUGGCAGCCUCCAAACGUUGCCGCCCGUCCCUAAAAACAUCUUGCCAGCAGUCACCUCAAACACCACCACACCCACAGACUAUGACCGCAACCUGUACGGCCCCGCAUCGUUAGGCAUGACUAUGCCGUCGCAUGGGCCAUUACUGAGCCAGUACCAGUAUACCUCAUUUCCCAGUCGGGCUAUCAAGUCCGAGUACCCAGAUCACUACACAAGCUCUCCGGAUUCUGUGGUUGGCUACACAUACCCAGAUCAGACGUACCCAACUGGGUCACCUCAGCAGACAGGCGUGCCGCCCUUAAUUCUGGAGUUCUUGCGUUGCGACCCAGACGAGAGCCAGGUGCAGAGCAAGAUUGUGGCCCAUCUCCAGCAGGAGCAAAACAGCCGAGGCAAACACGACAAGCUCAGCACCUUCGGCCUGAUGUGCCACAUGGCGGACCAGACCCUAUUCUCCAUCGUCGAGUGGGCGCGGAGCUGCAUAUUCUUCAAAGAGCUCACGGUUGGGGAUCAGAUGAAGCUGCUUCAUAACUGCUGGAGUGAGCUGCUGGUGCUGGACUACAUCUCCAGACAGGUGCAUCAUGGGAAGGAGGACACCAUGCUGCUGGUCACCGGACAAGAGGUCCAGAUAGCGCACAUCGCGGCGCAGGCGGGCGCCACACUGAGUGGGCUGGUGCAGAGGGGGCAGGAGCUGGUGGGCAAGCUGCAGGCCCUGCAGGUGGACCGCCGAGAGAUCGCCUGCCUCAAGUUCCUCGUCCUCUUCAACCCCGACGUGAAGCUGCUGGAGAGCCAGGCGUUUGUGGAGAACGUGCAGGAGCAGGUCAACGCGGCGCUGCUGGAGUACACGCUGUGCAGCUACCCGCAGUUCCUGGACAAGUUCAGCCAGCUGCUGCUACGUCUGCCCGAGCUGCGGGCGCUCAGCACUCAGGCCGAGGACUACCUCUGCUACAAGCACCUCAGCGGAGAGGUGCCCUGCAACAACCUGCUCAUCGAGAUGCUCCACGCCAAGCGCUCCUGCGUCUGA